UUUAUUUCUAAUUUUUCCAUUAUGAAUGAUGUAAAUAUGCAAUCAGUGUCGAACUUCACGAGUAAAGAAGACUAAUCAACAUUAUUAAUGAAAGUAAAUACAUCAUUAAUAGGGGAUGUUCAGCAAUUUGCAGUUCUUGUUCAGGAAAAUAGCUUGAUGAAAUUGUCCCUAUUGAGCAACUUCUCAUUUUGAGGCAAUGAUGAGGUUCAUCAGAAUGUGAUCCUUGCCGUGAUCUUCGUAGUCGUACAAUAUGUAAAUGCCUUGAUUCACGUCCACGCGUUACUGGGAUGAAUUUGGCACCAUCUUUUAGUUUGUCUUACUUGGGAGAUAUUAUCCAGCCGAUUUGAUACGGAAAUGUAUUUUACGCUCCGAGAUUCGUGAGGCUAUUCGGUUUAAAAAAGAACUGAUGCUGACAUUCUUCGUAAAUUACGAUGAAUGAUCUCAUUAAGUAUAACCUUUCAUGCCUUUACUUACAAGAGUCUGGAAUCGCAAUGAUUCCUCUUAAUAAAGAAAUAUCACCACGGCCGCUCCAAAACUACUCUAUUGAUCCGUGUCUGAUGUCCAUUGUGUAUAUCCGGCAUUUUACUUUAAAUAAAUACCCGGACAAUCUGCAGAAUUCAUCAAUGAUUGGCAAUAGGAAAUAAGAGAUUUGUAAAUAAAAAUGUCCCUAUCAGUGGAGAGCGUUUGUUGAGAUCACAUAAACCUUUCAUGGUCCAUUUUAUUGGUCGUUAAGAGUCUUAACACUCUUCUGUGAUUUCGCCCGACGUAGGCACAAACUUUAACCUUGAUUUUUAUUUUUGUUGCUUUUUUUCUUCUUUCAAAAUGGGAUGUACCAUGAGCUGCCAGGGCCAAAAACUGAUCGACGCGGAGAACCCACCCUGUCCGUUUGCCCUGAAAUACGGCAAAGGCAAUUCCGUGGAGCAUGGAGAUAGGGUAGACCCUCAGGAAAAUAAUAAAUUGGUGUCAGAAAACUCAAGAAACAAGUUCCUUAGGGAGGAUGAAAAAGAAACGUGUGAUACCAAAUCAGUACAAAAUCCUGCUGACUCUGUAAAACUUUCCUGUAGCGGGAACACCAGGAAUUCGGGCACCUGUGAUUCCCCGAAAAGGAAGACCAGUACCCUGUCCACUGUAUCCACGGCAAGCUCCGUUGGAUCGGAGGAUAAUGAGUUAUCUGAAAAGAAAGUAGACCUGAUCGGUCUGAUAGAGAGCGUGGGGACACUUUUAUUACCAACAACUGGGUUUGUUUGUCGAGCCGUGCAGAUUCUUCUUGCUUCAUGUGACCAAGAUAUUCUUAAUAAAAUCAGGGAUGAGGCUAUCGAAAAUGAUGUCAAAUUCAGUACGGCUUUCAAUGAGGAAAAUAGACACACCCCUCUGGACCAAGACGAGCUCUUAAAGUUUUCCACCCAUGUAGCAAAACUUACGGAUACACAAGACGAAAAGGGGACGCUUUGCCGGCUUGGCGAGGAGUACGCCAAACUCUGUCUGUCAGAGUAUCGGAGGUCUCUAAGCGUACUGGGUAGCAAUAUGGUGGAAUUCUUCAGUAAUCUUGAUGGAUUCCAUGACCAUAUUCUCAAGUCUUCCAAAUUCAACGCGCAACGACCGCCAUCUUUUCGAUGUGAAAAUAGUCCCAACCAUGUGGUUUUACAUAUAUACACGGAGAGGUCAAAAAUGUUGGAUUACUACGCGGGUAUUGUUAAAUAUGUAUCAAAUUCAAUGUUCAGCUUGGAUGUUCAAAUCACUGUACAUCCGAAUGAAACAAAAACCUCCUUACACCAUAUCAUAAAAGUACAAACCUCUGUAAAAACAUGCUCGAGAGAGUGCUCGUGCUGUAAGAUUUGUUCACAUCAAUCCGCUUACUCGGAAAAUCCAGAAGAUCUAAGGAUUGGUUUUGACACUUUUUGUGAAACAUUCCCUUUUCAUCUGAUUAUGAAUAGAAACCUUGAAAUAAGUCAGCUCGGAACGGCAUUAAUGAAGACUGUUCGUUCUGAGGAGGAAUCUAAAGAGCUAAGCUUUACCAAGUAUUUUAAGGUUAUCCGACCUGAGAUCAAACAGCUUACUUUUUCUGCGCUGCUGUCGAGGGUCAACUUUGCUUUUCUCCUGAAGACCAGAGUACGCUCUAACGACAACCUAUCUCUUAAUGAGGGUACACUGCUAAAAGGGCAAUUGAUAUUCCUCCCGGAAUCAGAUUCCCUAAUGUUCUUAGGAUCCCCAAGUAUAGAGAAAUUAGACGAACUCAUCUCUAAAGGUCUCUACAUAUCAGAUGUCCCCAUCCAUGACGCAACUCGUGACGUCAUUCUCGUUGGAGAACAAACCAAAGCACAGGAUGGAUUGACAAAAAGAAUGGAACAGAUAAAAAAGAGCAUUUUGGAAGGAAGUGAAGCAGUAAAUAUUGAAAAACAGAAGAACGUGGAGCUCUUAAACAUGAUCUUCCCUGAAGCUAUAGCUAUGAAACUUUGGAGAGGAGAACCAAUACAGCCGACCAAAGUUGAUGACGUCACAAUGUUGUUUAGUGACAUAGUAGGAUUUACGGCCAUUUGUGCGACUUGUACCCCAAUGAUGGUUGUCAACAUGCUGAACUCUCUUUAUACCCAAUUUGAUCACUACUGCGGAAUGCUAGAUGUUUACAAGGUAGAAACAAUAGGAGAUGCAUAUUGUGUCGCAGGCGGAUUACACCGGAAGUCCAACUACCAUGCGCAGCAAAUUGCGUGGAUGGCAUUGAAGAUGAUGGAAACUGCAAAGAAUGAGCUGUCCCAUGACGGGAAUGUAAUAAGGAUGAGAAUAGGAAUCCACACUGGGUCUGUCUUGGCCGGAGUGGUGGGUGCGCGAAUGCCUAGAUACUGCUUAUUUGGUAACAAUGUAAACCUCGCCAAUAAGUUUGAAUCCGGAAGUGAACCUACAAGGAUCAACAUUAGUCCAACAACGUACAGAUGCUUACAAGCGACAGAGGGCUUUAUAUAUACCCCAAGAACCAGAGAGGAUCUACCAUCUGGAUUUCCACAGGAAAUAGACGGCGUAUGCUAUUUUUUGGAUGGGUAUGAACAUCCCAGUUUCGCAGGAUGUGACGACACUGAAUUUGAUCAUAUUGAUUUUGCAUUGCAAGAGUUAAGUAUUUCAAAGGAAGUGACGUAAUUAUGACGAAAUUCAAUGCGAGGGAGAAAUACCGUCCGUUUCUGUACACUUUGUUUAUCGACUACACUUUUAAUUUAAUGUAGGUUGUAUAUUUCACUGUUAUUAACUUAAUCUGUUGACUUUUUAAAAUAUUAGUUUCGUUUGAUUUAUAUGUGUAUCAUACAGAUGCAUUUUAUCAAUUUUGUAUCUUUAAUGUUUUUUUAAAAAAAUAAUAAGUAUUUCACAGUCAG